AUGGUUAAAAACAGAGUUGAUGAUAAUUCUGACGAGGGUAGAAAUGAUGAUGUUGUUAAGAUGAAAAAAAGCAUUGGUCUUGUUAAUAGUAUUACUAUUAUCAUAGGCUCAAUAAUUGGUUCAGGAAUAUUUGUUAGUCCAACUGGUAUAUUAGAAAAUGUACGAAGUAUUGGUGCCAGUUUAAUUAUAUGGGUUGGAUGUGGACUAUUCUCAUUGAUGGGAGCAUAUUGUUAUGCUGAAUUAGGUACAAUGAUUCAUCGUUCUGGUGGUGAUUACGCCUAUGUUCUUGAAGCGUUUGGUUCAUUUAUGGGAUUUCUACGCCUGUGGAUUGAAGUUAUGGUAGCUAGACCUGCUACACUAACUGUUGUUGCUUUAACAUUCGCUAAGUAUAUUCUACAACCAAUAUUUCCUGACUGUACACAACCUGAUACAAUUUUACGAUGUUUAGCAGCUGUAUGUAUAAUUAUUCUUGGAUUUAUAAACUCUGCUUCUGUACGUUGGUCUACACGUGUACAGGAUAUUUUCACUUAUGCAAAAGUGACAGCUUUAAUAUUGAUUAUUGUCACAGGAAUUGUAGAAAUUUGUCGUGGUCACGUUGACGAAUUCCGAGAACCAUUUGGAGGCUCUAACUGGGAUCCAGGAAGUAUUGCCAAGGCUUUCUAUUCCGGUUUAUUCGCAUAUGCUGGUUGGAAUUAUUUAAAUUGUAUGAUUGAAGAAUUAAAAAAUCCUAGACGUGAUUUACCAUUUGCAAUUGUAUUCUCAUGUCUUGCCGUGACUGUUAUCUAUUCACUGGCUAAUAUUGCCUAUAUCACAGUGGUUCCAGUUAGUGAAGUCUUGACCACACCAGCUGUAGCUGUGACUUUUGCCAAUAAAAUGUAUGGUCCAGCCUGGUGGAUAAUGCCAAUAUUUGUAGCUUUUUCAACAUUUGGUGGAGUUAACGGAAACUUACUAACUACAUCGAGAAUAUUUUUUGUCGCUAGUCGUGAAGCACACAUGCCUAAAGUUAUAUCUUUUCUACACACGGAUAGAUUAACCCCAAUACCAGCCGUUUUAUUCACUUGUAUUACUGGUUUAGCCUAUCUUCUUAUAACAGAUAUAUACGUAUUAAUGACGUAUAUGGGUUUUGUUGAAUGGUUGGCAGUCGGUAUUUGUGUAUUUCUUGUUAUUUACUUCAGACGAACACGACCUAAUUUAGAACGUCCUGUCAGAGUUCCAUUGUUCUUUGUAUAUACAUAUUUGAUAGUUACAUCAUUGCUCAUACUGUUUACAUUUAUUGGUGCACCGACUGAAUCACUUAUGGGAGUAAUUAUUAUUCUAACUGGGAUCCCUGUAUAUCUUGUCUGUUGUGUAUGGAAGAAUAAGCCAAUAGCAUUUCAGCGUGCAAUAUAUAAUAUAAGUUUAGGUACACAGAAACUACUGAACGUGGUUCCUGAAACUUAA